CUGCGCCGGCUCGGACAGAACAUUUUGCCUUGGCACCACCGGCCCUCGAACCAGCAGCGCACAGGACGAAUGGGGCCCAAGAAGGAGAGGGCCGAGGUGGAGGCGGUGACCCUUGGCCCCACGGUCCGCGAGGGCGAGCAGGUCUUCGGCGUUGCGCACAUCUACGCUUCCUUCAAUGAUACGUUCGUUCACGUGACGGACCUGUCGGGCCGCGAGACCAUCAUUCGCGUCACUGGGGGCAUGAAAGUGAAGGCGGACCGCGACGAGUCUUCCCCGUACGCCGCCAUGCUCGCCGCGCAGGACGUGGCCGCUCGCUGCAAGGAGCGCUGGGGGCGGGCGGCUCGGCGGCGGCCUUCCGCGGGCGUCCUUUGGGCAGCGAGCAGCGGGGCCCUCGAACGGUGUGGCGUAUGGGGAUUUCUGCCUCGGGAUGCGUUCCAGCAGCUGCCCCUCGGCGAGAGCGUUUCCGGGGUGCGUGGUGCGGGGUGCGAGAGGACUGAGCUGUAG